UAUAACACAUCAUCAGUCAAGUACAUCGUUCACUCGGUUCACUCUAAUAUGUUAUGUAUUUUGAGCAAUCUCGAACCGGAAAUUAAGUGUUUCUCUACUUUCAAAUUGGAAUUGUUCUCUUUUAGAAGACAAUAAAAGAAUAAGUCCGAAAACAUGGGGAUAAGUGUGAAAAAAAUUCUCACCCUUUGCUGUUUUCUUGUCUGUGUUGGUAGUUAUACACGUGGCGAUUCUACCGCAGAAAACAUAGCACAGGGUGAAAAGAGAUUGGGAGAUCAAAUUCGGACUAUUUUGAAACAUUAUCAGCAGGAUGAUCCAGUGGGACUUCCUGGCGCCCCGGUUCCUGAUCCAAUGCCAGUUCCUGAUAUGAAACACUCUUUCUCCGUAUACACUAUGACUUUUAAAGAAAUGCAAGUCUUUGGACUCUCUAAAUUUCGAAUUGAACGCAUGACGUCCGAAUUGGCAUUAAUGCAGGUAUCGGUAAGACUGAGAAUUGAGGCUCUUGAUAUUCGAGGAUGGUAUACUUUGUCCACUUGGCUAUCGAGAUCAGCCGGAAAUUUCACAGUCAAGUUGUCUGGAGUAACAGUUGAGGGCAUUGCAAAACUGCAGGUUGGAACAGAUGGAAAAUUGCAUGCACAGGAUAUCGAUAUGGAUUUAACUUUCGAUAAUAUAGAUAUGGAUUUCAAAAAUCUCGGAUUUCUGGGAUCCGUCUUUCAAGGGGUUAUCAAUUCAGUGGGAGCCUUCAUUUUCGAUAGUAUCAAACCAUUCAUUCUCAAAGAGGUCAACACUAAUGUCAGAGGCGAAGUCAAUGGGCAAAUUUCACAGUUGCCACAAUAUUUUCCAAAUUCAAUAUCUCCUUUUGACAUGGCAGUGGCUGAGGCUCGUAAGCAAGUUUCGGAAAUGGGUUAUGAUCCAUAUCGGGUUAAAGAUUAUAGCCAAAGUGUAGGUAUUUUUACAGUGACAUCGUCACACACAUGGGUCACAGGAUUGGCUAGUUUUUAUCGCAUGGGAAAUAUAACUCUCUCUAUGGAAAAUAGGACUGUUUAUGCAGUUUUGGAUGUUGGCACUCAGGAAAUCGAAGGAAGGACUCACUGGGAUGUUAGCAUGAUUGGAGGCGUUUUAUCUAGAGCAGGAACCGUAUCCUUUACUGUCGAUUACUUUAGAGUUCAAGUCAACCUCAGUCAACCUCUGGACACACGAAAACGUGCCACUUUGGAGGAACUGGAUCUUGAACUGGGCAAUAUUCAAACUAGGAUACAUGGAGCUGGAACUUUCGACUAUGUAAUAGAAGCUGCAGUCAAUAUUCUGCCAAAUCUCUUAAGGUACCAAAUAAUGGAUGCUAUAGAGGGGCCAAUUAAGAGACGUAUACAAGCAGAGUUAGAUAAGGUUGAUGUCGAGAAAUUGAUUCACGAGAAAAUCCCUGAUAUCGAGGAACAGGCAAGAUUGCUCCAGGGUCUGCCACCUAUUGAGGACGUUAUUGAUCAGUUUACUGAAAUCGAAAAUCAGGAUCCUUUCUCUGAGAGCGAGGAGGAUCGUGGUCCUUCUUGAAUUGUUUCAUUUCAAUUUCUCUAUUACUGAUAAGAAAAAUUGACAAUUUAUUAAUUUAUUCAAAUUGUCUUUAAGUACUUUUUUGUAGCUUGUUACUAGAAUUAUUCAUUUUUACUUAAGAUUACUCAAGAUCAAGAUAAAUGUGCUUGGACUAUUUUUGUACAUUUUUACCGAUUACAUGUAAUUAUUAUUGUAAAUUAUAAUAAAAGACAAAAAAAGACAAAAAAAGACAAAAAAAAGAA